AGUCAACCCCGCAAUUACCAGCACCGGCUACCGUUGUGUAUGGACCGCGUUGCGAUGGUACCUGAAAAUCUGACAGGGGCCCUGCUGCUGUCUCCGGAUUCGAAUCCGCUAGAGCUGCAGCUACAGCGCGUAAUUUCGUAGACAUGCUCGAUCUUCGAGCUUUUUGUGGUUCCCCGCAACCUGCUACGGUACCACGGCUUGAGCAUGGGAGCUUAAAUAGCAAGCAUGUAGUCGAGUACAAGAGAUACCAAGCAUCAGACUAAGCAAUUCAUCUUGACUACCAAGAUGAGGUUUGUCAACGUCACGGUUGCGGCAGCCGCUCUUGCCGGAUUCGCAAUUGCCCAAAGCCUCACGCCUUCCGGAACGGAGCGAGUCAUUCCGACUCUUUCACCUCAGAUCAAUGCUCUGCCGAGUUUGACGCCAACCAUCUACGAUGACAGCGCGCCAGACUCUCAAGCAUGCCCAGGCUACAAAGCGUCUAACGUGGCCGAGAACGACCAUGGCUUCACUGCUGACUUGACCAUCGCUGGAGCUAAUUGUCAGGCUUUCGGAAACGACAUUGCGGACCUGACUCUCGAAGUUUCGUACCAGGCAAAGGAACGUCUUAAUGUUCGAAUCUAUCCCAGGAACAUCGCAGCCGAGAACAAGACACAAUAUAUUCUCUCACCGGACUUAGUUGAUCAGCCAGAGUGGGAUGGCAAGACAAGUUCCAACAGCAGUGAUCUCGCCUUCGAAUGGAGAAACGAUCCUAGCUUUCAGUUUAGGAUCUCACGCUCGUGCUCCGGGGAAGAGAUCUUCUCAACCUACGGCCAUGUCAUCGUUUAUGAGGACCAAUUCAUUGAACUCGUCACUAACAUGAUCGACGAUUACAAUGUCUAUGGUCUCGCAGAGAACGUACAUGACUUCCGCCUAGGCACGAACCACACGCAGACCUUCUAUGCAGUUGAUGCCGGUAAUUCCGUCGACCGUAACGUUUACGGUGUGAUUCCCUUCUAUCAAGAGACGCGCUACGGGCAAAAUGGCCCCGAAACCACCGCGCACGGCAUGUAUGCUCGCAAUGCCCAUGGCCAGGAAUGGCUGUUGCGCACAAACACGAUCACCUAUCGCACCUUGGGUGGGAGUUUCGAUCUCUACUUUCUCAGUGGUCAGAAAGAAGAUGGAUCGUCAAGUGCUUUGACCACUAUCUCCCAAUUCCAAACUGGCUGUAUUGGUACGCCAGCGAUGCAGAUGUAUUGGACGUUCGGCUACCAUCAAGCCCGUUGGGGCUACGAGAAUAUCUCUGUUGUACAAGGUGUCGUCGAUGGUUACCGUGAAGCUCAAGUUCCCCUUGAGUGCUUGUGGAAUGAUCUCGACAUUUACGACUUGUACCGCGACUUCACCAACAAUGAGGUCACCUAUCCGCUGCCUGAGUUCACCAACUUCAUUGAAACUCUUCAUGCCAACGGUCAAUACUACGUGCCCAUCAUCGACAGCAAUAUCUAUGUUUCCAACCCCGACAAUGCUAGCGAUGAAUAUGGACCCUUUGAAAGAGGCUCAUCACUGCAGACGUAUAUUCGAGACCCCACGACUGGUGACUACUACUAUGGAAACAAUUGGCCUGGAUUCUCGGUCUGGGCUGAUUGGCUUCUCCCUACAUCUCAGGCUUGGUGGACAAAUGAGAUCGUCCAGUGGCACAAAGGCACUCCCUUCGAUGGAAUCUGGAUUGAUCUAAGUGAAGCUGCAUCUUUCUGCGCAGGGUCCUGUGGAAAUGGUCGACUGACUGACAACCCUGUACACCCGCCUUUCCUUCUGCCUGGCGACCCACUCACUUUCGACUUCAAUUAUCCAGAAGGCUUCAACAUCUCCAACGCCACCGAGGCUGCUUCUGCAGCAGCUGCAUCGGCAUCACAGUCGUCAGCACUUUCGGCGUCUCCAAUCCUCCCUGUUGCGACUACUACAACUCAGGGCCGUACCGAGCCUACACCUGGAGUACGCAAUCUCAACUAUCCACCAUACGUGAUCAACAAUGUCCAAUCCGGACAUGCACUCGGCAAGAGCUCUAUCGCACCCAAUGCGACACACAACGAUCAGUACAAUACAACUGAGUACGAGAUGCACAAUCUGUUCGGACUGCAGAUCUCCAAUGCAACUUAUUACUCGCUCCUGGAGUUGUUCCCCGGCAGGAGACCAUUCACAGUCGGAAGAAGCGUCUUCGCUGGCAGUGGCAAGACAACUAGCCACUGGGGAGGUGACAACACAAGCACUUGGGGCAGCAUGUUCCUCUCAAUCUCGCAAGCCUUCACCAUGAUGAUGUCGGGUAUUCCCAUGUUCGGCGCCGACACGUGUGGAUUCGCACGCAACACCGACUUCCAGCUCUGCUCCCGCUGGAUGGAGCUCAGUGCCUUCUUCCCAUUCUACCGCAAUCACAACGUCAAGGCCACCAUUGGUCAGGAAGCCUACCGCUGGUCUUCGGUCGCUGAGUCUGCUCGCCGCGCUAUGGCAGUCCGCUACAGUCUUUUGGGAUACAUGUACACCCUGUUCUACCACGCUCACACCAAGGGCGAGACGGUUAUGCGCGCACUUGCCUGGGAGUUCCCCAACGAUGAGUCCCUGCGGGAAACGUACAACCAGUUCGUGCUCGGCCCAUCGAUUCUCGUCACCCCGGUGCUGGUGCCGAAUGUCGAGACUGUUCAGGGUGUGUUCCCGGGUAUUGGCGACGGCGAACGGUGGUACGACUGGUACACACUUGCCGAAGUCGAUGCUCAGCCCGGAGAGAAUGUCACGCUGCAAGCACCGCUUGAGCACAUAAAUGUGCACGUCAGGGGCGGGGCCGUUCUUGUGCUGCAGGAGCCCAAAUUGACCACUGCGGAAACAAGGAAGACGCCUUACAGCCUGUUGGUUGCUCUCGACAGCAAGGGCGCAGCAAGUGGUGAUCUAUAUCUCGAUGAUGGCGAGAGUCUGCACCCGAACUCGACUCGACUAGUUCAGUUCUCAUACAGUGACAAUUGUCUCUCUUUUACAUCUGAGGGUGACUUCCACACUGCCCCGGCGCUAAGCGGUAUCACCAUUACUGGCCUUCAUGAGCAGCCAGCGCAUGCAUCGCUCAAAACGGGCGGCAACGACUGCGAUUACUCUGCGCUUACCACGUCGUUCAAUGGAGGUGUACUCAAGAUCUCUGGUCUCGACCAGUACACGGGCGACGGCGCUUUCGAGCAUGAUCUGGAGCUGAACUUCCGCUAAGCACAGACUGCUCAGGAUAACAAUUCAGUGUAAUGCAUACGAAUUGUACACAUAAUGAGG